CCACACCUCCACCACAUCCUGUACCCAGAGAUUAGAACGUCUACAAUUGCCUCUCUUAUUUAUAAACCACAUCAGAGCACUUUGCUCAGUCGAGAGUUCAUGUGUGGGACUGGGAGAUGUCCGCCUCACUAGGGGUCACAACCUCGGGUUGAAGAAGCCACAAGUUCAGAAAAUUGUCAGGAAAAACUGUUUUGGAGUGAUAAUUGUGAAUUAUUGGAAUAACCUGCGAGAGAGUGUUGUGACGGCACCGAGUGAUAUCAUUUACUAACACUGACUCAAGUACAGAUACAUUCUGAAGUCAGUACUUGCCUACAGUACUUGUGUAUCAAACGUUACCGACCGCCCAAGCGUUAUCAGGCCGGUCAGUGUGUCUAGGAGAGUAAAGGUAAAGCACAAGUUGCUAUUUAAGAGUGUACAGUGUCGUGAACACCAACAGUAUCGAGUGGGUCAGUUGCAUGGACACUCAGACAUACAUAGUCUCUGUACAUGUUUGAUUGAAUAUUUUUUGGAAUAAUAAGAUAUUUAAAUUAUAUUAGAUCAGGAUAAAGAACUUAGUGAAAGUGGUUAGUGGCGUAUUAUCAGAUAGCAGGAAUUCGGCUGGAGAAUUAGUUGUGGAACUAAACAUGAGUGACAACCUGACAGCAGUUCUGUAUGAUCUUCAAGACAUGAGACUGGAACAGAGGCCGGUGCCCAAGCCAGGACCUGAAGACGUGCUCCUGCAUGUGGCCAGUGUGGGGAUCUGCGGCUCAGAUGUGGCCUACUGGUGGAGGGGUCGCACAGUCCGCAAUGUGGUGGAAACUGCUCUUGUGUUGGGCCACGAGAGUUCUGCCAAAGUGGUCACUUGCGGCUCGGACGUCCACAACCUAAAACCAGGUGAUCGGGUGGCCAUUGAACCUGGCGUCCCAUGUAGGAAGUGUGAGUACUGCAAGGGUGGCCAAUACAAUGUGUGUCCUGAGAUGAGGUUCUGUGCCACACCACCAGUCGAUGGUACCCUCACCAAGCACUUUGUUCACCCUGCUGACCUCUGUUUCAAGUUGCCAAAAAACGUGAGUGACGAGGAAGGAGCGAUGUUGGAGCCACUGGCAAUGGCCGUGUACUCAUGCCGACGAGCCGAAGUGGGCGGUGGCAGCAUUGUUUUGGUAUUGGGCGCCGGGUCCAUUGGACUGUUAACACUACUCACUGCAAAAGCAAUGGGUGCCGCAUCUGUCUGUAUAACGGACAUUAAUGAAGGUCGUCUGAGAUUUGCUAAGACUCUUGGUGCCAAUCGCAUCAUUAACGUCUCCGGUCAGAGUGAAGUGGAAGUGGCCGCCAGAAUCCAGCACGUAAUGCCGUCCCAGCCAACUGCCAUCAUUGAGUGCUCGGGGGCUGACUCUUCGUACAAGAUUGGAAUCCUGGCCAGUGCUCCCCGGGGUGUGAUGGUAUUGGUGGGACGAGGUAAACCCGACGUCACUCUUCCAAUUAUCGAAGCCGCCACCAAGGAGAUGGAUAUUCGUGGCGUCUACCGAUAUGCCAACUGUUACCCUGCAGCCCUGGCCCUUGUAUCCUCGGGGUUAGUGAAUGUGAGGCCCUUAGUGACCCAUCGCUUCCCAUUAACUCAGGUGGUCCAAGCCUUCCAAACGGCUAAGGAUGGAGCUGCUAUCAAGGUGAUGAUCCAGGUUGACCAGCGGUGCACAAGGAUGACGACAAGAACAUGGAUGGCUGUGGUGUUCACACUUCUUGUGGAGGUCAUCAGCAGCGGGGCGGAGGAGCAGAGCCAUACAGCCACCAGCAAGUCAGCUCUCGCUAAUAAAUUCGUCGGUGUUACGAGCAAAUGUUCUCAUGGAUCGCUGACGGUGGAGGUGAGGACAGAGGAGGCGUUCUUCGGAUCAGUGUACGCCCGUGGGUACCCUAGCCGGUGCCGUGUGAUGGGUCAAGGUACCACCACCACCUCCCUCCUCAUCUCUGCCCAGAAAUGUGGCGUAAAGGUCAUCGAAGACGAGUUGGGCCACCACACCUAUGAGCUGUUGGUAUACAUCCAGUUUGACAAGUGGGUACAGCAAGUAAUAGAUGAACAAGUGCAUAUUCGCUGCAAACUGGACCGUAAUCCCGGGGAACUGCAGGCUGUGGCGCAGAUGAACGUAGUCAAUAAGGAUGCUCGCACUGACAGAAAGAAGGAUGCCAACGAUGAGAUUAAUUCCAUUGCGGCUGUUGUGUUAGCUGGUUCCUCCUCCUCCUCCUCAUCACCCUCCUCAAGUGCAGAUGUCACCAGUACCAACAGCAACGUAGCAUCCAAACUUCGCCAACUUGCUUCCUCGCAUCAUAAGAACUCUUCCCACAGGAGUCGGGCUCAAGACGAUCCUAUGAGAGACUGGCAGCCCAUCAACCCACCCCCUGAGUUACUCCUCUGGCAGAACCAGCGGCCUGAGGGGGACCUGGAGCCAGUGUCGUGCUGGAUGGAUGUUGUGGCCGGGAAGACCAUGGACGGUAAACCAGUAAUGGACUAUUUGCUGGUGGGCGACGACACUACCAUGGUGCUCAAGGUGCGGCAGAGUCCCGGCCUCGAUACUCGCAUCACUUCCUGCGUAGCUCACGACGGUUCUGGCGACCAGAGUCAAGAACUGAUUGAUGAACACGGCUGUGCCAUCGACGAUGACAUCAUGCCGCCUCUCAGGGUAAAGUCUAAUCCUCGGACCGGGGUGAAGGUGGCUUACGCAUCCUUCAAGGCUUUCAAGUUCCCUGACCGAGACAACCUCCACCUCCGCUGCAUCGUCCUUGUCUGCCUGGGCUCCUGCAGUCUGCCUGUGUGUGGCCGUACAAACAACCGUGUGGGAAGACGGAUGGGAGGCCAGGGCAGUAUCCAACCACUUGAUGAUAUCCAGGAGAACCAGUCUGCGCUGACGCAGGUAGCGAGAGGCAAUACCCGUGCACUGCCAAGUCGUGUUCUGGACCGCGUGGAGGUGUUCAACUCUGUCGAGGUUCGAGCACCGGGGAUUGAGAGCCAACCAAACCUGGUAAAACAGUAUAGAAUUGACAAAGAACCGAUUGACUCUGUUGAUUUCUUCAGUGAUGAAAACAUGUUCUGCGUGACGCCUUACAAGAUGAUUUUAGCAUUUGGGGUACUGCUGACGGUGCUACUGUUAGCGGUCUUAUCCGCCUUAUACUCCUGCGUCAAGGCGAGGGUGACCAAGGCUCGUUUGCGUCCUCCGCAAGCUGUUGACACCCACCGCCAGUCCCGUGUCACCGGUCCCUACUACAGGUUUGCCCACUGAUAAUCCUUUCCACUCAGAAAUCCUCGACAGUCUACACAAUCUGCUGGUUUUUCGUUCCAAGAAUCACAUCUAGGAAUAUUUUUUUUAAAUUUUCAGGUGAACAGGUCAAAAUAAAAAGGGAAAUGUUUGAGUAAUAUAAUGUAUCCAUGAUAUACCUUAUCUAUAGCUGUAAUUCAUCUAAUUUCAUGUAUUUCAAAACUUUAAGGUGUUGUGCUUUUCUCUUAUGUAAAUGGUGUCAGUCUUGUGGGGUAAUUAUGUUAGUUAUUUAUGUUUAGUAAUUAUUGGGCAUUAUCUUGGUGAACAAAGUUUUUGUGUAUAGCGCGUUUUUUCCC